UAAAAUUAGUUAAUUGUUUCAAAUUUUCGCAUGCCACAGCCAUAAGGCCCACAUCUGUAACAUUUAGUAAAACCCUAGAGUAGAAACGCUAGAUAGAAUCUUAAAGCCCUGAUUGUAUCUCAAAAUCCUCCUCGUCCUCUUCAAUCUCACUCUUUGAACUGCCUUCCCAAUUCAGCUCCAGUUUCAGAUAAUUGAAAAUGCCUCCCAAAUCUAGCAAAUCGAAGGAUGCCCCGGUGGAGCGACCAAUUCUUGGUCGAUUUUCGUCUCACCUUAAGAUUGGAAUUGUUGGGCUGCCUAAUGUCGGCAAAUCGACUCUUUUUAACACGCUCACAAAGCUUUCGAUUCCUGCAGAAAAUUUUCCUUUUUGUACCAUUGAGCCUAAUGAAGCCCGUGUUAAUGUUCCUGAUGAAAGAUUUGAAUGGCUUUGUCAGUUAUACAAACCUAAGAGUGAGGUAUCUGCUUUUUUGGAAAUUCAUGACAUAGCUGGACUCGUCCGAGGAGCCCAUGAAGGACAAGGGUUGGGAAACAGUUUCUUAUCUCAUAUUCGUGCGGUGGAUGGCAUUUUUCAUGUUCUACGUGCAUUUGAUGAUCCUGAUAUAAUCCAUGUUGAUGAUUCUGUGGAUCCUGUGCGAGAUUUAGAGACUAUUAGUGAAGAAUUAAGGUUAAAGGAUAUUGAGUUCAUGGAAAGGAAGAUUGAGGAUCUUGAGAAGAGCAUGAAGAGAAGUAAUGACAAACAAUUGAAACUGGAGCAUGAGAUAUGUUUGAAGGUUAAAGCAUGGAUUGGAGAGGGAAAAGAUGUUCGUUUAGGGGACUGGAAAGCGGCUGAUGUAGAGGUCCUAAAUACAUUUCAGUUGCUCACUGCAAAACCAGUUGUUUAUUUGGUUAAUAUGACGGAGAAAGAUUACCAAAGAAAAAAGAACAAGUUUCUUCCCAAAAUUCAUGCCUGGGUCCAAGAGCAUGGAGGUGAACCAAUUAUCCCGUUUAGUGGCGUUUUUGAGAGAAAUCUCUGUGACAUGCCAGAAGAUGAAGCUGCUAAAUAUUGUGAUGAAAACAAGGUGCAGAGUGCCAUUCCAAAGAUAAUAAAGACCGGGUUCUCAGCUAUUAAUCUCAUUUACUUCUUCACUGCAGGCCCAGAUGAGGUCAAAUGCUGGCAAAUUAGACGACAAACAAAGGCUCCUCAAGCUGCUGGAACAAUUCACACCGAUUUUGAGCGAGGGUUCAUAUGUGCUGAGGUCAUGAAGUUUGAGGACCUAAAGGAAUAUGGGAAUGAGUCAGCUGUGAAGGCUGCCGGAAAGUAUAGGCAGGAAGGUAAAACGUACGUGGUUCAAGAUGGCGAUGUUAUCUUUUUCAAGUUCAACGUUACUAGCAGCGGCAAGAAGUAAACGUGCCACGGUGCCGGUGACAGUAUAUGGUAUCUGCCAUCUCUUUUUUGGCCUAGCAUUAUCUUAAAUUGCCUUGUAACACUUGCUAAUAUAUGAACUAACUUAUUUGGUUCUGAUACAAAGAGGUUUUGGACAACACCAUCCUGAGUUACAAUUUAUGCUUGUACGCAAAAGGCAAAUUAAAAUUUCUUUUGUAAUAGCUGUACUAUACUUGCUUUGUGGUAUUUUAGCUCACGCUCGUUUUUUAUCUACAUUUUUGCAAUAAUAUAAUAAAACAUUAUAAAAUAA